AGAGCAGUGAUCUCGAUUUUGGGUAAACGAGCUUCAAGGUCGGGCAAGGCCGAACGCUGAAGAAUUUCGAACUGAAGAAGGGUAAAGAUGUACACACUCUUCCUCCUCCUCACUCUGGCUUCCCUCGCCGCCUCCAAGACCCUCUCCCCGCUCUCCCCCUACUCCACGAACCCCUGCAGAACCCGCAGCUCCUUAGACUACUCCGGCUCUCAGUUCAACUACCCACUCGAAAGUCGAACCAACCCCCAACAGCAAUCCUCCGACCCUUGCAGCUCCCCCGUGACCUACUUGAACAUGCCGAUGCAGACCCCCCCCAUGUACACCUCGAGUAUGCGCUACAACCUGCAGCCGCAGCUCACGAUGCCUUCGUUCCACUCCCACACGAUGUCUUCGUUCCACCCCCAGCCGGUGGAUUUCUUGGGCAACGGGAAGCCGUCGACUAUUUGGGUCGACCAGUGGGAUUCAAGUAAUGGGCUCUAUAGGCCGACGAAGCCCCAAGAAUUGUUUCAGGACGUGGUUCAAGGAAAUCCGCAGCAAAAGCCACAGAGGGCGGAGUCUGUUGUGCAUACCUUGCAGAAGCCGUAUGUUUUUAAUGGGAACCCGACGAAGAUGUUUGUUUUGAACGAUAUAAAUAGGGCUCUAGGUGCGAAUGCUUUGGAUAAUUUUUAUCCAUGAUGCCGAAGGAGUAUUGUAUUUAUUGUUAUUUAAUUUAUUAUUUAUUGUACUGUCAAGCUGUAA